AUGGCUGAAAAGGUCUUCCUCGCUCUGUUCGGGCUGCUGCUGCUCUCCACCCUGACGACUCGGUGUCUCGCCGAUGGCAGCACCAGCGGGGGUCAAGUCAACAACCAGGAUGCUUUGGCGCUCCUCCAACUGGUCAAGAACGGACACAUUGACCAGGCACAGACAGCUCUCAACCAGAUGGGCUUCGGAAACAAAGGCUCUCAGACGAAUAAUCAGGCCCUUCAGGCGCUUAUUCAAGGGUCCAACACCGCCAGCAUCGAACAGGCCCAGGCGGCCUUGAACCAGAUGGGCCCCCAGGGUUCCGGCCACAAAGGCUCCGGUUCUCAGACCAACAACCAGGGGGCUCAGGGGAUCAUCCAGGACUCGUCGGGACCCGCUUCCGUAGCGCAAGGCCAAGUCGCUUCCAACAUGCGGGAUCAGGUGAACAACCAGGGGGCGCAGGCCAUUGUUCAAGACGGCAAUGCGGCGAUCGCGCAAGCGCAGGCCGCACUGAACCAACUGAAAGGCAACACCGGCAGCCAGACCAACAACCAGGCGGAGCAGGCCAUUAUCCAGGGAGGCAAGGGCGCGACGGUCGCCCAGGGACAGACGGGCGCGAACCAAGCGAAUGGAGCAGGAUCUCAGACCAACAACCAGGCGGAGCAAGCAAUCAUCCAGGGGUCUAAGGACUCCGCCGUUCUCCAGGCCCAGGCAGCUCUCAAUGCGGCGGGCGGCAAGGGUGGGUCCCAGACAAACAACCAGGGUGCCCAGGGAGUCAUCCAGGGAUCCCCCGGUUCGACGGUCGCUCAAGGCCAGAGCGCCGCCAACCUGAAGGGCAAGAAGGCGCAGACCAACAACCAGGCAGAGUCCGGGUCCAUCCAGGCCGCAGUAAACGCCGCCAUCCUGCAGGCCCAGGAAGCGGCCAACCAGGCGGGCGGUCAUGGCUUCCCGGGCAGCCAGACCAACAACCAGGCGGAGCAGGCGAGCAUCCAGGGCGCGAAGGGGGCGACCAUCGACCAAGCGCAGCUCGCCGUGAAUUCGAAAAGAGACCAGGUGAACAACCAGGCGGAGGCCGCCUCCAUCCAGGCAGCCAAGAACGCUGCCAUUCUGCAGGCUCAGGCAGCGCUCAACCAGGCGGGCAAGGGCGUCUCGGGCAGCCAGACCAAUAACCAGGCGGAGCAAGCGAGCAUCCAGGGCGCGAAGGGGGCGACCAUCGGCCAAGGGCAGCUCGCCGUGAAUUCUAAGAAGAACCAGCUCAACAACCAGGUGAACAACCAAGCAGAGGCUGCCUCCAUCCAGGCAGCCAAGAACGCCGCCAUUCUGCAGGCCCAGGCAGCGGCCAACCAGGCGGGCAAGGGCGUUCUGGGCAGCCAGACCAACAACCAGGCGGAGCAGGCGAGCAUCCAGGGCGCAAAGGGGGCGACAAUCGGCCAAGCACAGCUCGCCGUGAACUCGAAGAAAGACCAGGUCAACAACCAGGGGGAGGCUGCCUCUAUCCAGGCAGCAACCAACGCGGCCAUUAUGCAAGCCCAGGCAGCGCUCAACCAGGCGGGCGGCAAAGGCGCCCGGGGCAGCCAGACCAACAACCAGGCGGAGCAGGCGAGCAUCCAGGGCGCGAAACAGGCGGCCAUCGGCCAAGCACAGCUCGCGGCCAAUCAGGCGGGUGGUAAGCACGCCAAAGGCAGCCAGACCAACAACCAGGAGGAGCAGGCGAGCAUCCAGGGCUCGAAGGGGGCGACCAUCGACCAAGCUCAGGCCGCGUCCAACUCGAACGGUGGAAGGCGGCUGCAGGCCUUCGGAGGCUACAAUACCGACGCUUAUCUGGCUGCGACCAUCAAGGGAUCCCGCAAGCUUCUCGUAAAUCAGUAG